UUCACAGAGGUUUGCAGAGCAGAUGUUGCAGCGUGGCUGGGUCACUGGCUGUGAAUAGCUAAGCCUGCGUUAAAGAUUUGUCAUGGUCUAUUUAUCAUCUGACCACAAAAUGGAUCAGUCAUCAAAUGAACUGUAAAGCAGAAGUGAUGGGAGACUCCAUGAAGUCACUGCUUGUAUCAGCUGCCUGCCACUGACUCCCCGAGAUGCCCUUGGCUGGGUGGUGGUCCUCACCGGGCUUAGCUGCUCCUGGGACAGCAUGGGUCUGACACCCAGUGAGCAGCUCCUGGGGUCCCCGCACUAUGGCUGCAGGGGCUUCCUGGGAACCCCUGGAGGAGCUGAGUCUGUGAGCACCUCUCCCCUCCCAGGUGAAUCCCAAGGCAGGACCCAUCUCAGCAGUAUCCCCUGCCUGGUGGGUGUGUCCAACGGUGUGAGCAAAUGGAUGACCACGCAGCUUUCACCUCCCUCCACCCCCACAUGAGUCCCACAGCAGAUCUCUCAGGCUUACUGGACUGUAGGUGGUGGGCUGAGGAGGUGGACCUGUGGCCAUCACGGUGGAUUGAUUUCAAUCAGCAAGCAGAAAAUCUGGAUUGAAAUCUUGUUUUGCCAUUGUAUUUAGUUCUUUUCCUACAAAGGGUCAUUCUUGUUAGUUGAGAACCAUUAAAACAUGUUGAUCUGCAAAAAAGCUAAGAGGGUGCUGGGAAUCAUUAAGAAAGGGAUAAUCAGACAGAAAAUAUCAUAUUGCCGCUAUAUAAAUCCAUGCUUAUGCCCAUAUCUUGAAUACUGCGUGCAGAUGUGGUUGCCCCAUCUCAAAAACGAUCUAUUGGAAUCCGAAAAGGUACAAGAAAGGGCAACAAAAGUUAUUGGGGUAUGGAACAGCUUCUGUAUGAGGAGAGAUUAAGAAGACUGGGACUUUUCAUCUUGGAAAAGAGAUUUCUAAGUGGGGAUAUGCUAGAGGUCUAUAAAAUCAUGACUGGUGUGGAGAAGUAAAUAAGGAAGUGUUAUUUACUCCUCAUAACACGAGAACUGGGAGUCACCAAAUGAAAUUAAUAGGCAGGUUUAAAACAAACAGGAAGUAUUUCUUCACAGAACACAGUCAACCUGUGGAACUCCUUGCCAGAGGAUGUUGUGAAGUCCAAGACUAUAGCAGGGUUCAAAAAAGAACUAGAUAAAUACAUGGAGGAUAAGUCCAUCAAUGGCUAUUAGCCAGGAUGCACAGGGAUUGUGUCCUUAGCCUCUGUUUGCCAGAAGCUGGGAAUGGGCGACAGAGAAUGGAUUACUUGAUGAUUACCUGUUCUGUUCAUUUCCUCUGGGGCACCUAGCUUUGUCGGGAGACAGGAUACUGGGCUAGAUGGACCUUUGGUCUGACCCAGUGUGGCUGUUCCUAUAUUGUAGCUCAACAAGUGCACCUGCUUCCCUCAAACCUUACACGGAGAGGGUGCCUUACAAACUUAGUGUCUUGGUUUUGCUCUGCUUUCAUGUGUGUUGAAGCCAGCCCCAUUUGCCUGUUACCAGGAUCCUCUGCAAUGCGGGCAGGAACCUGCUCAAGAGCUGCUGUUUCUUGCUCCUACUCCUUGGGGAAGCAUCAGGCCUCAUCCCAAAGCCUGCACUUGAGUCCGUUCAGGAGCUGACUGAUGUUAGAAAUGCCAGUUAAGGUGGACAGCAGGUAGUACAUCAGCAGUCUUGUAGGACAGCUCUGUUUACGCUAAGUAUAACACCCUGUGGGAGUUUGGCUCAAGGCAGAUGUAGUCUGGUUUGUUCUAAAUGCUGUGAAAGUGGCCAUAGCCACCUUGAAAAGAAUGUGUGUCAUGUGAAUGUCUGAAAAAUUAUCCUCCAAGCACCUGCAGUCCCGAAAUGGUGGAGGUAUAAGACAUAUGAGGGCCCCCUCCUUCCUCGCUUGACUUGAAUGAGGAACUCCAGUCUGAGAAGAAGCAGCCAUUAAAACAUGGGGCAACACUGGGUAUAUGAAGUAGUUUGAGAAGGGGCUGGGAUGAACUGUGGAAGCCAAAGCAGGUCUAAUGUGCAGGGUCUAGACGUGAGCCCAAACCAAAAUAGUGCCACCAGCAAGAGCAGGCAACGGCUGUAAGUCGAUAGGAAUUAUUCAUCCAUGUAUAUCUGACCAGGCAUAUAUGCAAUUUUGGGAUAGAUGAAAUGCAUACAUGGGGUAGGAACAGCAUAGCUACACUCUGGGCAGCUGUAAUUUUAUAACGUCAUCAUUUUACAGGCAUGUAUGUGAUAUAAUAGAAGUGCAAGUUACCUCUGGUCCAAGGCUAUUGGGCAGUCCUGGGCUCAGACCAUUAGAUCAGGCUGCUCUCUCUAGGUAUGCAGGGUUCUGGGGAGGAUGCAUACACAGGAAUGUAUUCAGUUCUAGAAUCUAAAAUAAAUAAUGUAGGGGAAUGGAUGUGGCUAAGCAGGCUAGAAUACUUCAUAGUAGCUUUUAAAUUAAUUGGAUUAAUGUUUGUGUUGCACUCCAAAGACGUAGCUCACCAUGUAAAUGCUAAGCAUUCUUGCUCGAUAAUUUUUUUAAGAUCAUGGACUUGAUGUACAACAAACUAAAUAAGUACUUGCAGCUGCAAAUAGCUUCUGUCUCUGCUACACCAACAGGACAGUUCCUGACUGGGAUAAUCAGUUUCUCAACAUAAUUAUUUUUGAGUUGUCACGAGAGUUCAGUCUAGGUUGCGAUUGUUCCUCUUUGAUGUUUGGGUAUCUUAUUUAAGAGACUUUGUUUUACUGCGGGGGGUAUGGAAUUUGAGGGAUUAGUGUCCAUGGUCUAGAAAUUAGGACCAAGAUUUAAAAAAAUAAAGUGAAUCUUGUACAUGGCUGUAAAUUGACUGGUCUGUAAUUCCCAGGUUUCAGAGUAACAGCCGUGUUAGUCUGUAUUCGCAAAAAGAAAAGGAGUACUUGUGGCACCUUAGAGACUAACCAAUUUAUUUGAGUAAUUCCCAGGUUGUCUUUGUUCCUUUUUUUUAAAGCUAGGAAUUGUUUGCCCUUUUCCAGUCCUCUGAGACCUCACCCAUCUUCCAUGAGCUGUCCUGGAUAAGCAAUUUCAGCCCUUCCUUGAUGCAGCCAGCUGCCUUUCCCUACCCCACCUGGUGCAGGGAUAUAAGCAAUCAUGGCACCCAGUCGAAAUGGCAUGAUCUUGAAACCCCAUUUCCACAAAGAUUGGCAGAGACGAGUUGCCACAUGGUUUAACCAGCCUGCUAGGAAGAUCCGCAGGAGGAAGGCCCGUCAGGCAAAAGCUCGUCGCAUUGCUCCACGCCCAGUGUCAGGGCCAAUCCGACCUAUUGUGAGGUGUCCCACUGUUAGGUACCACACGAAAGUUCGUGCUGGCAGAGGAUUCACCUUAGAAGAGCUGAGAAUGGCUGGCAUCCAUAAAAGGGUUGCCCGGACUAUUGGGAUCUCUGUGGAUCCCAGACGACGCAACAAGUCUACAGAAUCCCUGCAGGCCAACGUGCAGAGACUGAAGGAGUAUCGCUCCAAGCUUAUCCUCUUCCCAAGGAAGCCCUCUGCACCCAAGAAGGGAGACAGCUCUCCAGAAGAACUCAAGAUGGCAACUCAGCUCUCUGGACCUGUUAUGCCAAUCAGGAAUGUUUACAAAAAGGAAAAGGCCCGUGUUAUCUCUGAGGAUGAGAAGAACUUCAAAGCCUUUGCCAGCCUGCGUAUGGCCCGUGCAAACGCCCGUCUCUUUGGAAUCCGUGCUAAACGAGCCAAGGAAGCUGCAGAGCAGGAUGUGGAGAAGAAGAAAUGAACUGUUCUCCCUCGAACUGUCAAUAAAAGAGUGUAGAAAUGUAA